UUGAGCUGGUUACUUCUUUUGUCGACUAAUAAUUUUAGGGUUCAAACAAAUUCUUGGUUGAAAGCGACCGAAAUAAAAGCUUAUUAAACUUUUUUUUUUAACUAGUUAAACAAAUAAACUCUUAGAAACGAGCAUGUCUCACAAUUCAUGUUUUGAAUUAAAUGAAAUCCGGAUAUUGGAUAAAAUUUUACGACAAUGUGAAUAUUAUAUUUCAAAUAAUGGCAUGCAAGCAAAUCGUAAUAAAAAAGUGUGCCUCAAAACAAAUAAUUUUAACGAAUUACUUUUAAAUACCAACUUAAACAAAUUUGUAGAAAAAGAACUUUUUUCAUUUAUGUGUAAACUCAGGAAAAUGGACAAGAAAACCAUUUUCGUUUCGGAUAUACUCAUUAACUCCGGUAUAUUUACGGAGGGGUAUGACUAUAAUAAGCACGAGUACAAUAGCAAGAGUCAAAUGAAUAUCAAUCGAUUUAUUUAUCAUAAAAUUGGUCGCUCAGAUGAGAGUGAAAAUAUAUCAUAUAAAAAGAUAAAAAAUAAAUUAGAAGAACAACCUACUUACAAAAUUAAAUAUGAAACCACCAAAUGUAUGGUUGUGGAAAAUAUAAGCAAAAGUAAAAAACAAUUUUCUACAUUAAAUAAAAACAGCGAUGAUAUAAACAAUGGAAAUCAAUGGAACGUAUACGGAGAAAACUGUAUGAAAUGUGAAGAGAAAAACCUAAAAUGUAAUAUUCACUCAUCUUCAACACCAAGCGAAAAGGAUAAGUUUCACAAAAAUAAUAUUUUUUAUGGAAAUGAUCUUACAUACAACAAACGAAAGGAGAGAAUACAUAGCCAAGCAAAUGUUUUUGAGAAGACUGUAUCAUACGACAGUGUUCGGUCAAAAAUCUCAUCACAAAAUUUUAUAAAGAAGAAAAUUCCACAGAGACUUUCGAAAGAACAUACUGACGACAUUCCCGACAAAGAACCUUUACUUGGGGCUAAGCCGCUGAAAUUGCCGGAUUCGGUUGAGGCUGUGUUAUCACUUGGCUCAACGAUUUUGCCAGAUAAAAAGAUUGACAACACCGAGUAUCACAAAUGGACAAUAUUACACUACUCGCCAUUUAAAGCUGUUUGGGACUGGAUAAUCUUAAUACUUGUAAUAUAUACAGCCAUAUUCACGCCAUAUGUCGCUGCGUUCUUACUUGGAGAGCCGGAUUACCAAAGACGAACUAACAAAUAUAUUAACAGUGAUCCACUAGUGAUUGUAGAUUUAAUUGUCGAUGUUACUUUUGUUAUUGACAUACUUAUAAAUUUUCGAACCACAUUUAUUGAUGGACAGGAUGAAGUCGUCUCACAUCCCGGGCGAAUUGCGGUUCACUAUUUGAGUGGAUGGUUCCUGAUUGACUUAGUGGCCGCCAUUCCAUUCGAUUUGUUGCUAGUUGGAAGUGAUACUGAUGAGCUCGGCUUGGAUAAUGAAGAGACAACUACCCUAAUAGGGCUGCUCAAAACUGCCCGUUUACUUAGACUGGUGAGGGUGGCUAGAAAAAUUGAUAGAUACUCAGAAUAUGGAGCUGCUGUGCUAGUACUUCUAAUGGCAACAUUUGUACUCAUCGCCCACUGGUUGGCUUGCAUUUGGUAUGCUAUAGGAAAUGCGGAAAGAACACUUUUAACAAAAAAUAUUGGUUGGCUGCAUUCACUAGGAAAUGAUAUUCAAGAGCCGUAUUUUGAUAAUAACACCGGUGGGCCAACAAUUAAGUCAAGAUAUAUUACGGCUCUCUACUUUACAUUUACCUCAUUAACUUCCGUGGGAUUUGGAAAUGUCGCGCCAAAUACUGACGCCGAAAAAGUGUUUACGAUAUGUGUAAUGCUUGUGGGCUCUCUUAUGUAUGCGAGUAUAUUUGGAAAUGUUUCUGCAAUAAUACAAAGACUUUACUCGGGUACUGCCAGGUAUCAUACACAAAUGUUGAGGGUGCGUGAAUUUAUUAGAUUUCAUCAGAUUCCAAAUCCACUUAGACAACGAUUAGAGGAGUAUUUUCAGCACGCGUGGUCCUAUACGAAUGGAAUCGACAUGAAUUCGGUUUUGAAAGGUUUUCCAGAAUGCCUUCAAGCCGAUAUUUGCUUACACUUAAAUAGAAAGCUGCUAACAACGUGCUCAGCCUUUUCGGGAGCCAGUCCAGGUUGUUUAAGAGCACUAUCAUUAAAGUUUAAAACCACGCAUGCCCCUCCUGGGGACGUUUUAGUGCAUAAAGGUGACGUUUUGACAUCACUAUUUUUCAUUGCAAGAGGAUCGAUAGAAAUACAGAGAGAUACCAAUACCGUGGUAAUUUUAGGAAAGGACGACAUUUUUGGAGAAAAUCCAUGUAAUUACGCAACCAUAGGAAAAUCAAACGGAAAUGUUCGUGCUCUAACUUAUUGUGAUAUUCACAAAAUCCAUAGAGAUGAUUUGUUGGAUAUAUUAGAUUUGUAUCCUGAAUUUUCUGAGAGUUUUGCCAACAAUCUGAUUUUAACUUAUAACAUGCGUGAUGAUUUUCAAGCUGGAGUCGAAGUAAAACAUAGAUAUCUGAGAGCUAAAUCUUUAGAUAGAGAAAGAAGCACAAGCGAUAUAACAUCCAUAAGAAUUUUUGGUAUGCAUCAAAAGAAUAAGCCGAAAAAUAAUUCGUGUGCUACAAAGGCGCAAAACAAGGAUUCCAUAAACGAUGGAAGGGAUCCAUCAAAUUACCAAUUUGAUAUUCAGAAAAGGGAUGAUAUUGAAAACAUGCAAGCGUUCUAUAAAAAUUCAAAAUCCAGACCAGCUUCUCUUGCCCGUCAUAAUUUACCAAAAAGUAGCCUUCAGGAAAGCAAUAUCCAGGAAUUAAUAAACCGAAACCAUAAAGUAAAAUAUGUAAACGAAAUUAUUCUUUCUACUUUUGAGAAGCAAAAACAACGAGCUACAUGGAUUCGUCAAAAUAAAUUAGUUAAUACUACUGCACAAGAAAAGGCCUUACAAGAUGUAUCUCUGUAUCUGGAUCAGCAAGGAAGUACCAUCCACCCAAGGGAAUCAAUGAAAUGUAAUAUAUUAUCCGACAAGGUAUUACCUACUCCGAAUGCAACAAUUGCUACUACAGAGUCAUGGGAUGAGCUAGACAGUGUAUGAUUAGCUAUAAUUAUUAUAUUAGAUGGCGAAAGAUAAAACUUAAAAGAAAAAUUUAAGUAAAACAUAUUUAUAUUUUUAAAUUUCAUGUUGAAUGAUGAUUCUUGUUAAAAACGUGUCACAAACUGUUUCAAAU